AUGGAAGAGGGAGUUGAUGGUUGUUUUUGUGUGGGUUUUUUUUUUUUCUUCUUAACAGGAGGUGGAAGCGUUAAUCAACUAGGCGGGACGUUCCUAAACGGCAGACCUCUCCCAGAGUCCAAGAGGAGGAAAAUGGUGGAGCUGGCCUCGGAGGGGGUGCGACCGAGUCAAAUCUCUAGGAUUCUGCGGGUGUCUACAGGCUGCGUGAGUAAAAUCCUGAGCCGCUACCGCCUCACCGGCCUCGUCCAGCCCAAGACGAUUGGCGGGAGCCGGCCGCGCCUACUCAUGCCCACUGUCAUCGCCGCCAUCGUACAGCACAAGCGGAACAAUCCAUCCAUUUUCGCCUGGGAGAUCAGGAAAAGCCUGCUGGCUGCCAGGAGCUGCAAGGCCUCCAGAGUUCCCAGCGUAAGGUUUUUCUUUUUUUUUCUCCUAUGUUUUUACACAACCAAAGAAGGAGAAUCCAGUCCGCGCAAUCCCAAAGGUGCCCACCAGAGAAUCCGGACUACUUUCACAACGGAGCAGAGCAAAGUCUUGGAAGAAGAGUUUUCUCACAGCCAGUACGCCGACGUGUACACCAGAGAGAAACUCUCAGCCCAGACCCGACUUCCCGAGGACACUAUCAAGGUGUGGUUCUCAAACAGACGCGCCAAAUGGAGGAGGCAAGUCCAACAAACUGCCAUAUGUCCCAAUGUGCAAAGGAGCGCCCAAACUCCACAGAUGACGGCUGGGCCAUCGUACUACGGCGCAUAUCAGAUGUUCCCCAGCGGUGACGCAGGUUUCGGAUGUUCCACGUGCAUCUUCGGCAGUGCAUCCGGCGUCCCUCCGCUUUCUCAGCGGCACCCCAAAGGCGCCAGGGCGUGCAACAGCGCAGCGGACUUCAACGUCACCUCUUCCGCGCCGCACAAGAUAAGGCCUGGAUUUAACCCGCAGCACCACCUGCAGGAAGAACACAGAUCACACUUAUCUGCCUCGAUGAUUUUGCAAUCGUUUCAAUAAAACGUGUUUUUGUUUUUUUU